AUGUCUUCUUUCUUAAAACUGGGUUUUCAAGGAUUAUAUAAAGAUUGGGUUUAUAGUUCCGAAGUUGCUGAAGCUCUUGAAACAAGGAAACCUGUUGUAGCCCUAGAAUCUACAAUUAUUAGCCAUGGUAUGCCAUAUCCAUCAAAUUUGCUGACAGCACUUGAGGUUGAAACCAUUGUACGGAAAAAUGGAAGUAUACCAGCUACAAUAGCUAUUUUAGAAGGAAAAGUUCAUGUUGGGUUGACACUCGAUGAUAUUGAAAAACUUGCAAAAAUGGGACAAAAAGCAAUGAAGACUUCUCGGCGUGAUCUUGCAUUUAUCACAUCACAGAAUAUAACAGGUGCAACAACUGUUGCAAGUACUAUGUUCAUUGCAUACAAGGCAGGGAUCAAAGUAUUCGUUACUGGUGGUAUUGGAGGUGUUCAUCGUAAUGGCGAAAAUACCAUGGAUGUGAGUGCAGAUUUGACUGAAUUAGGCAGAACUCCUGUGACAGUUGUCUGUGCUGGUGUAAAGUCAAUAUUGGAUAUUGAGAAAACCCUAGAAUACUUGGAAACACAAGGUGUUGCAGUUACAACUUUUGGAGAUACAACAGAUUUUCCAGCUUUUUUUACCCCUAAAAGUGGUUUUAAGUGCCAUUCAAAUUUGGCAACUACAUUUGAGUGUGCUAAAUUGAUUCAAGCAAAUUCAAAACUUAAUCUCAAUAGUGGAAUUCUGAUUGCUGUCCCCAUUCCAGAAGAAUAUGCAGCUGAUGCUGAAAAAGUAGAAAGUGCAAUAGAAUUUUCUCUGAAAGAAACAGUAGAAAAAGGAAUUACUGGUAAAGAUGUUACUCCUUAUUUACUAAAGAGGGUCGUCGAAAUUACUAAAGGUGAAUCUUUAAAAUCAACAAAAGACUUGGCAUAUUUAGAAUCUGGAGUUAAAGACGAAUCAAGUCAUAUAAGUUAUGAGAAUAAACCCAAUCAAGUAAGUCAAGUUAGUCAAGUAGAAAAGCCAAGUCCUUUAGCAAAUCAAUUGGUAAUAAUUGGUGGUGCAGUUGUAGAUAUUGUAUCUAAGUUAUUUCUUGUUGACGGAUCACCUUCAGAUCUAGAUAAAAUAGAGCAUUAUUUAAAUACAUCAUCACCUGGACUUAUUAAGAAAACUAUAGGAGGAGUUGGAAAAAAUAUUGCAGAAACAACUUUUAGAUUAGGUUUAAAUCCAAUAUUUGUAUCUGCAAUUGGAUAUGAUGAUUUUGGUAAAUGGCUUACUACCGAACUUAAAAAAAUUGGCACAGACCCUAGCAAUUUGCAACUUAUUGAACGUAAAUCAACUGCUAUAUAUAAUGCAAUACUUAAACCUAAUGGAAAUCUUCUUUGUGGAAUUGCUGAUAUGAGCAUUUUUGAUGAAAUAUCUGUCAAUAAGGUUGAGGAGUUACUAAAAACAAAUAAACCAAAAUUUGUUUGCUUUGAUGGAAACAUUUCUGAAAUUUGCAUCAAUUCAAUAUUAAAUUUUUGUUCAAAAAAUAAAAUACCAGUUCCGAAAGCCAAAAAAUUAUUUCAAAACAAAAAAUUAUUUUCUGAAUUAUUGGAAACACAAACUCUCAGAUAUAUUACACCAGACAUUUAUGAAUUUGAUUCAAUGUUUAAUGCUGCAGAAAAGAAAGGAUUAUUUGAUACAGAUAGUGAUACUAAUUGGUUUUCUAAACUUAAUGAAUUUAAUAUUGGUCCUAAAUUUAGACAAGAAAAUCAUUUUUACAAAGAAUGUUUUGGACUGCAAAAACUCAAAGAUAGUGGAGUAUUUUCAAAAGCCACACAACUUUUACCAUACAUCCCAUCAAUUAUCAUUAAGUUAGGUAGAGAUGGUGUAUUAUUGAUACAAAAUUGUGAAGACAUUGAUAAUAUAAAAAGAGAUAAUGAUUUUGAUAGGAAAAAAAAGAUAUUUGAAAUUAUUGUUCCAAGAAAUGAAGGAAAAUGUAAAGGUGGUAUUAGAUAUAAAUAUUUCAAACCCUUUCCACUUGAACCAUAUAAAAUUAUUAAUGUCACAGGUGCUGGAGACAGUUUUGUUGGAACUUUAAUUGCUGGUCUAACAUUAUAUGGUGAAUCAAAAAUAGAUAAAAUUAUAGAUGCAGCACAACAAAUUGCUUGUAUGACUUUACAGUCAUAUGAGGCUGUUAAUAUUGUUAUUAAGUGA